UUUUUUGAGACAGAGUCUCGCUCUGUCGCCCAGGCUGGAGUGCAGUGGCGGGAUCUCCGCUCACUGCAACCUCCACCUCCCGGGUUCAAGCAGUUCUGUCUCAGCCUCCCAAAGGGACUGCAGGCGGGCGCCACCACGCCUGGCUAAUUUUUGUAUUUUUAGUAGAGAAGGGGUUUCGCCACGUUGGCCAGGCUGGUCUCGAUCUCCUGACCUUAAGCAAUCUGCCCGCCUCAGCCUCCCAAAGUGCCGGAAUUACAGACGCAAGCCACCGCGUCCGCCCUACACCCUUGAAGACCCCGCAGCCAAGGUCCUCUGGCCCUGCUCUGCGCAGCGCUCUGGUCUUGGGGCUCGGGACUCUGUUAUCCCGGGCAGGGGCCAGUCCGACCCUUUCACCCUUGCCUGGCACCGUCCCUGGAGCCUUGGCGUCCUAGCUUCUCCUCCCUGCGGGCUGGGGAUGGAGUAGCCGGGCCGGAACCAGAGCGCAAAGCAGAUGGCGAGCGCCGAGGUCGGUUCGGCCCCGCCGCGCCGUAAGGCAGCAGCCACCCUGGGGAAGGUGGAUGCCGGAAGGGGCGUCUCCUGCGGGUCACCCAGAGGACAGCCGGCGGGGAAUUCCGAGGGUGGGAGUGAGGAGAGGUAGGAGAGGCCAGGGCAGAGCGAGGCCCCGCGUAGGAUAGGAACCAUCGCCCGGUGCGAGCCUGACCUUCCAGGGCCGGCAACUCCUCGGCAGAGCGACAGCGCGGGGUCUCAGAGCGCGGCUCGGAGCCGCACUAGGAGCGCUGGACCGUGGGGGAGAAGCUCGGAGGGCGGGUAGCUCCCAGUAAAGCGGCCUAGCGGAUGUCGGGAGCUAUCUUCGGGCCCCUGGAGGGCCCGAGCUCCCUGGACGCCCCGAACGUCCACCCGCUGGUGUGCCCGCUGUGCCACGUGCAGUACGAGCGCCCGUGUCUUCUGGACUGCUUCCACGACUUCUGCGCCGGCUGCCUGCGUGGCCGCGCGACUGAAGGCCGCCUCACCUGCCCAUUGUGCCAACACCAGACGGUGGUGAAGGGUCCUAGCGGGCUCCCACCGGUGGACCGGCUGCUGCAGUUCCUGGUGGACAGCUCGGGGGAUGGCGUGGAGGCGGUGCGCUGUGCCAACUGUGACCUGGAGUGCAGCGAGCAGGACGUGGAGACCACGUACUUCUGCAACACGUGCGGACAGCCCCUGUGCGCGCGCUGCCGCGAUGAGACGCACCGAGCACGCAUGUUCGCGCGCCACGACAUCGUGGCCCUGGGUCAGCGAAGCCGCGACGUGCCCCAGAAGUGCACGCUGCACGCAGAGCCCUACCUCCUGUUCUCCACCGACAAGAAGUUGCUGUUGUGCAUCCGUUGCUUCCGCGACAUGCAGGGGGAGAGCCGGGCGCACUGCGUGGACCUGGAAUCGGCUUACGUGCAGGGCUGUGAGCGGCUGGAGCAGGCGGUGCUGGUGAGCGCAGGGGUCUGGCGCGCGGGGGCAGGGGUGUGGGGCCGCGCGGCGGCGCUCGCGAGCCUGACCCCGCCCUGUCCCCAGGCCGUGAAGGCCCUGCAGACUGCCACGCGGGAGGCCAUCGCGCUGCUGCAGGCCAUGGUGGAGGAGGUGCGGCACAGCGCUGCGGAGGAGGAGAACGCUAUCCACGCCCUCUUCGGCAGCAUGCAGGACAGGCUGGCAGAGAGGAAAGCGGUGCUGCUGCAGGCUGUGCAGAGCCAAUACGAAGAGAAGGACAAGGCCUUCAAGGAGCAGCUCUCUCACUUGGCCACCUUGCUGCCCACCCUGCAGGUCCACCUGGUCAUCUGUUCCUCCUUCCUCAGCUUGGCCACCAAGGCUGAGUUCCUGGACCUGGGCUAUGAGCUGAUGGAGAGGCUGCAGGGCAUCGUCACGCGGCCGUACCGCCUAAGGCCUGUGCGGAGCAGCAAGAUUGCCAGUGACCACCGAGCCGAGUUCGCGCGCUGCCUGGAGCCGCUGCUGCUGCUGGGGCCACGUCGGGUGACAGCUGCUGCAAGUGGUGCUAACAUGCUGGCAGGGGGCUUAGGCCCCAAGGUGCUGACGGGGCCCCACUGCCCCUCCCCAGUAGGAAAGAUGUCCGGGUCACCCGUCCAAAAGCCUACGCUGCACCGGUCCAUCAGCACCAAGGUGCUGCUGGCAGAGGGCAAGAACACGCCUUUCACAGAGCACUGCCGCCACUAUGAGGACACCUACAGGCAUCUGCAGGCGGAGAUGCAGGGCCUCAAGGACCAGGUACAGGAGCUGCACCGAGACCUCACCAAGCACCACUCGCUCAUCAAGGCGGAGAUCAUGGGAGACGUCCUGAGCAAGUCCCUGCAACUGGACGUGCAGAUCGCCUCGGAGCACACCUCCUUAGAGGGCAUGAGGGUCGUCUUCCAGGAGAUUUGGGAGGAAUCCUAUCAGCAAGUGGCUAAUGAGCAGGAGAUUUAUGAAGCCCAGCUCCAUGACCUUCUCCAGCUGAGGCAGGAGAAUGCCUACCUGACCACCAUCACCAAGCAGAUCACGCCCUACGUCCGCUCCAUUGCCAAGGUGAAGGAGCGGCUGGAGCCCAGGUUUCAGGCACCCGUGGAUGAGCAGUCAGAGAGUCUACAAAACACGCACGACGACAGCAGGAACAGCGCGGCCUCAGCCAGGAAUAACCCAGGAAGUGUCCCGGAAAAGAGAGAGAAGACGUCAGAGCCUAAAGGAAACAGCUGGGCUCCGAACGGCCUCUCGGAAGAGCCUCUACUCAAAAAUAAGGAUCAUCACAGAUCCAAACAGAAAAACAGGGGUGACAUCCCCACAUGGAGGGAACACCUGACUUAGCAAAUGGGACAGGUCCCCAGGGUCAGGCUUUUAGAGCAGGCACAAGACUGGGACACUGGAGAGAAGGUUGUUCCCAUUGUUUUUAAAAUUUUUUUUUUGAGAUGGAGUUUCGCUCUUCGUUGCCCAGGCUGGAGUGUAAUGGUGCAAUCUCGGCUCCCUGCAACCUCUGUCUCCUGGGUUCAAGUGAUUCUCCUGCCACAGCCUCGCGAGUAGCUGGGAUUACAGGUGCCUGCCACCAUGCCCCGCUAAUUUUUUGUAUUUUUAGUAGAGAUGGGGUUUCACCAUGUUGGCCAAGCUGGUCUCGAACUCCAGACCUCAGGUGAUCCACCUGUCUCAGCCUCCCAAAGUGCUAGGAUUACAGGAGUGAGCCACUGUGUCUGGCCAAUUUUUUUUUUUUUUAAGACAGAAUUUCACUUUGUUGCCCAGGCUGGAGUGCAAUGGCACGAUCUCUGGCUCACCACAACCUCUGCCUCCCGGGUUCAAGCAAUUCUCCUACCUCAGCCUCCCGAGUAGCUGGGAUUACAGGCAUGUGCCACCACUCCCGGCUAAUUUUUUGUAUUUUUAGUAGAGACAGGGUUUCUCCAUGUUGGUCAGGCUGUUCUCGAACUCCUGACCUCAGGUGAUCCACCCGCCUUGGCCUCCCAAAGUGCUGGGAUUACAGGGGUGAGCCACCAUACCCGGCUGGUUAUUUCUUUAAAAGGUAAUCAUUUGUCAAUAAUAAAACCCAGAGACUCUGACAGGCCCUAAUUUCAGGUUCUUUGGUUUGGGCAGUUUUGCUUUUCCCCAUGUUUGCAAGGCACGAAGUCUUUGUCCUUGUCACAGUAGCUUGGGAUGACUCCCAGUCCACAUGGAAAACAUGAGGGAGUGGCCAUCCAGCAAGAAAUCCCUCGCUUGUUCCACACCUACACACCAAGCAUCUGUGUGUUAGACCCUGUGCUGGGCAGUGUAGUCCGUCGGGGUGUGCCGGUUUGAGUGUUAGGUUACAAGACUCCACCGCUGAGUAGCACCUGCCCUAUCGCAAAGGAAUCCAGUUCCUCCGGAAUUACAGUCCCACUGUUAACCUGGUGCUACUGGAAAGUUCCACCCGGUAAUCUGAGCAGUGACUCACGGAAGGAUGAGGAACCUUUGCUCCAGCUUCUCUCCCUUUCCAGCAAGGGCAGAGCUCCUAAAGCCAGGGGUUAGCACCUGGCCAGCUUACGUAGCAGAUGGUCUCAGUUACUUCACUGCUUUCCCAAACUCCUGCAGCUCUCCUGCAUCCACCUUCUGUUGAUAGCAAAGCACUGGGUAAGAACAACCUUUUUUCUAGUAGUUUUUUCCAAGCAGUUUUCCAUUUCUCCACAGUACCCUUUCCAUUUAGAGGAGCUUAAUAACUGCUUGUUAAAAAUUAACCCAUGUGACCUAAACUUUUAAAAGUUUUUGUGGCAAAACGAUGCCCAGAUAGUCACAUUUAAGCAAAUAUCCAGCUUGAUUCAGUGAUUAACAGUAAAUGGGUCUACAUGCUAACAUAGCAGCACAUUCAACACAUAACACAUCACUCACAUCAACGUCCACUGCCCCUGCACCUGCUACUUCAGGGCACUGAGGCUCCUGUUCCAAGGCCUUACAAACCUAUGUGGUGGCCUGUAGGGCAAAAGGAAUUAUCAUUACAACUGGUUAGAGGUAGGAAUUCAGAAAGAAAUUGAGGAGGCAAAACACAUGUGGUUUGAGGCUGAAGGCUUAAGACACCUCUUACCCAAGAGUGACCUCAGAGUUUCACAUCCCACACAAUCACACUGUGGUUGAGUGAAAUCAAGUGCCGUUUUAUUUAAGAACUCGAAAGAAUAAUCAGUAUCUGUGAAAGAAAAUCCAAUUUAGAAUAUUUAAAUAAACAUUUCUGUAUGUAAAAAGA